AUGAUAUCCAGGGACUAUGGUAAACGUUUUGCUCAAGCGGGUCCCGGGGCGCGGCCCUCCGGCCCCCGGGCGCCCCUCCGCCCUCCCCGAAGGGCGCAGGGGUCGAGCGCCCCGUCGCUCCACUGCUCGCGGCGCCGCGACGCCGCCGGGUUGGAAGGUGCGCGGAGGGGCGGUUACCGGACGCGCCCACGCCACCCGCGACCCUCGGCCUCCGAGGCUCCCCGCACCGCCACCCUCCCUCACCCCGCAGUGAGGGGCCGGCCAGGGAGUUACCCGCCGAGGCCCGGGCGCGGGGACCGCCGAGGCGCGCCGGGCUCCGCCGCUCUCUGCAGGCGGCUGCAGCCUCUCCGCGGCGCCGGCAGCAUCGAGCCGCCGAAGCCCGCGGCCGGCGGAAACCGGAGGAAGGUGGCGCGGGUCGGGGGCGGCGCGGGCACGAAUCCGUGUCCCUGGACCUGGAGGGCGAGCAGGGGAGGGCGCAGCGCCGCCCCGAGUCCAGGCGCCCGCGGGCCCGUGCGCUGCCCGCCACGCCCGCGCCCGGAUCCCCGGCGACUGCGCCGAGCGCCUCCCCAGCCGCGGGAAGCUCCUCCUGCUCGGUGGCGGGUGCCAGAUGCGCGGGGGGCCGCGGCCGCCCCCAAGGUCGCCGAGGAAGGUGCAAUGCGGCGGGAGACUGGGGCUUCCGUCCCCGGGGCGGCGAGGCAGGAGCGCAGGCGAGCCCCUACCUUUCGGGCUGGGCGGACAGGAGCCGCGCGCCCUUACCGGGCGUCCCGGACAGGAAAAUCACCGCGAAGGGAGGGCCGGGGAAGCGGCGGGUGGCUUCAGGACAAGAUGAGGAAUGAGACACAGUUGUCCUCAGUGAGAUGGGAGAGGAUGACCUUUGGAGAAGCUGUCCUUUAGCUCUUCAAAAGAAAAAUGAGGAAAGUGAGCACACUGUCUCUCUCCGCCUUCCAGCUGUCUGAACAUGUCUAGAGACACAGCAUCCAUCCUGAAAUGGUAGAAGACUCAUGUGAGGACAAAGCCAACCUAGAAGGAAGUCACAGCAAGAAGACAGAAAGGGUCUGAAUCCUUCAUCAUGUGGAUGAGCUGCUAAAUUAUCCAACCCUGGAUUCAUCAUAAAGUAUGUCAUUUAUUAUAUCAAAGUGUAAUAUAUUCAAAUAUACUCAAUAUUGAAAUCAGUCACAUUUUUCCUUUAUAGCCCCAAAAGCAUCCUACAUAUACAA